GAAGCUGAGAAGAUUUUGAGGGAGAUGAUCAAUGAAGGAAUCGAUUUGUCUUGAUUGUGUGGUAUUCUCAACUCUCAUUGAUAGUCUCUAUAAGCAUGGAAAUCUUUCGAGUGCCUAUAUGUUGUUUCACGAGAUGUAGUGUUGGAGAAUUAUGCUUGAUUUAUUAACUUAUACCUCUCUUAUUUGUGGAUUUUGUCAAAUUGGAAAUAUGAUUGAAGCAAACAAAGUCUUCCUUAAAAUGUGUAGCAAAGGGUUGGAACCAGAUGAGGUUACAUGUAUAGCCCUUAUUGAUGGUUAUUCUAGGGUCAAUAAGAUGAAAGAUGUUUUUUUACUUCAAAACCAGAUGGUUCAGGUAGGGUUGCUCCCAAAUGUUGUCACAGAGAGUGCUUUAGCAGAUGGACUUUGUAAAUCUGGUGAGUUGGAUACAACAAAUGAGCUUAUUCAUGAGAUGUGUGGGAAGGGCCUUCAAUUGAAUAUUAUCACUUACAAUGUAAUGGUAAAUGGAUUUUGUAAAGCAAGAAAUAUUGUUCAAGCUAUAAAGCUUAUAAAAGAUAUGGAAGUGGCAGGGCUCAAUCUUGAUACUUUUACAUAUACCACUCUAAUGGAUGCAUACUAUAAGGUAGGGGAUAUGAGUAAGGCUCAAGAGCUACUACAAAGAAUGCUUGUCUUGCUUGACAAAGGGCUCCAGCCAACUAUUGUUACCUUCCAUGUGCUAAUGAAUGGAUUUUGUAUGUCUGGAAUGUUGGAAGAAAGUGAGAGAUUGCUAAAACAAAUGUUGGACAAUGGUAUAACGCCAAAUGCGAUCACCUACAAUUCUCUUAUGAAGCAGUAUUACAUCAGAAACAACAUGUGCGCUACGACUGCAGUUUAUAAAAGUAUGUGUGUUCAAGGAGUGUUGCUUGAUAGCAACACCUAUAACAUUUUGAUAAAAGGGCAUUCAAAAGCAAGAAAUAUGAAAGAGGCAUGGUUUUUGCACAAAGAAAUGGUUGGGAAGGGAUUUAGUCACACACCUAGUUCCUAUAAUGCCAUGAUCAAAGGUUAUCUUAAGAGGAAGAAAUUUUUGGAGGCAAGCGAACUAUUUGAUGAGAUGAGAAGAUGAGGGUUGACUGUUGAUAAGGAAAUAUAUGAUUUGUUUCUUGAUAUAAAAUUGUGAAGGCAACAAGGAAACCUCACUUGAGCUUUGUAACAAGGCAGAUCUUGUGAACAAGUCUAAGAAUGAAAUUGAGCACUAUGU